ACACAGAACGCAGCCGCGACCGGACGACCGCCGCCGCCGCCGCCUCCGCCGCGUGACGUCACCAACAUGGCGGAGAAACAGAACGUCAACAACGUGAUCAGCAAACGCAUCAUCGCGUUCGUCAAGAAGAACCCUAUUCUGUACGAACCGAGUGGAGGCUACGGGAAGAACCUGCGGCUCAAGGACCAGACCUGGAUGGAACUGGUGCCACAGCUUGGACUCUCGUUGAACACGAUCAAGUACAAAUGGCGCAACAUCCGGGACAGCUACAGCCGGCACCUGAAGGCCACGGCCUCCGGGGAGCGCGACAAGCAGUCCCUGCGCUACCGGAACUGGCUCUGGAGCAGCCACAUGGAGUUCAUGCGGCCCUACGUGAACCUCGCCCCCGGCGCCGCGCUCACCCUGCCCCGACCCCGCGUCGCCAACACAACAGAAGAUGUAGAAGAUGAUAAUGAAGAAACAGAAACAAAACCAGAAACAAUAACAGACAACCAAGAUGAGGAAGAGAGCGAAGAAGACACAAGAACAAUACCGCAAAUCAUCAAAGGAGAAACAAGGAUAGAAAAAAGGAGAUUCCAAAGAAUAACCCUGCCCAAACCUCCCCCACAACGACCUCUUCAACGGCAGAGUCUAGACGGUAUCGAUCACAUAUUCCUCGGCUACGCAAAGACGGUGAAGAAGCUGUCUCCUCGGAGACAGGUGCUGGUGAAGAUGGAGAUCGCGAAGGUGAUGAUGCAGGCCGAGAUGGAGGAGCUGCAGGGAGAGCAGACGACGAAUCCUCUGGACCUGGAGGAGACCGCGGACUCUAACAUGAUGACUCCGUUGCUCAACGGGGUUGUUUGUAAGCAACAGGUAGAAUCUGAGGAUGAGAGCUAUAACGAAAUGUUGUAGGUAGUUUUAGGAUUAUUGUUAAGUAUUAGGUUUUUUAAUAAAAAGGAAAAUGUUGAUUUUGA